UUUACCAGUAUAGGUGUGUUGUGAACCAUCGGAGCGUGUAGAAAACUCGUUCGUUCGUCAUCCGAAACCUUGUCAACAAUAUAUUACAUGCCUCACGAAAUGUUGAGAAAAGCGUGUUGUAAGAGAACUCGUUAAACAUGGGAAAGCCCAAGAAACGCCGCGAUCAACCUGUGCCGGAAGUAAGCAGCGACUACAAGUGGAGCGCCCAGAGCUAUCCGCUGGCGGAUAUUUUGAAGAGCUUUAAGCUUCCGGUCGUGGUCCAAUGUCGAGAGGAUACGAAUGUGGACGUUUUGAAAAAUUUCUUUUUCGACCUGCGUCAACCGCUCCUGCUACACAGUCGCCGGAAGUGUCGGAAGAUUUUCGCGCGUUGCGUUCGGCAGACGACGCCCGGGGGCACGAUGAAAGAACUACUUCCGGAAGUUGUCAUACCGGAAGACUAUGCCGGUUGGUUCAAGAUCAGUAAAGGCUUAGGUUUCACAAAGCCGACACCACACCGCUCCAUCGAAGCCAUAGCGCAGAUCCCUGGCGAGUUCUUUUUGUGUACCACGGAGUUCAACGCCGUCGUCCUCACCGAGAAAGUGGGGAGUCCUCACGCGGACACGCAUGUGAAAAGCGCCGGCAUUGAGCACGAGAGUUUCGUGCGUCCAGUCGUCGAGGGUGAGGUUCUACGCAAGACCGAGAUCCAGAGCUUAAAUCAGCUAUUACUUCCGGAAUGCGAGCGCUCAUUAAACAGAAAUAACCGUUACUUGCUGUGCAUUGAUGAGAAAGACUGCGAGUUGUAUGUUUCCGUUUCGCAAACCGGAUUGUUUUAUGAGGUUUCGGAUGGGAACUUUAGCGGUGACGACAAUUGUGUGGUUCAGGUGUCGGACGUUUUAGACGAAAUGGUGGAGAUGCCUAUAUACGUGCGGCAUAUCCUUGGCGAUCCUCCGCCCAUCUCCAAAUUCUACUCGCCCUCCCUCAAACUGGUUCGCGUCCAUGAGGAAGAGACGGUCAUGGGCUCGACGCUUGAUCCGGAAGACGUAAUGCCGUUUGAGAUCCAGACAAACUCUCCCAUCCGGUUUGAGAUGGCGCUUAACACGCCUAUGCUGCAGUCUUGCGGGGAAUACAAUGAGGCGAUGGAAAUGUGCAAGACUGUGGAAAAGAAUUACGUUACUGAUAUGAAACUCGCUGUUACGUUUAAAGUCAAACAGGAAGAGGAAACCACGGAGAACACUAGCGAGAAACUUGAAGGUAGUGACAACCUCGCGUUCGUUGCAGACAAUAUGGACUCGUUGACGAACUCAGCAGGGACGACGACUUCGGUCGGAAAGGAGAGCGAAUGCGUCGACAUCGAGGCGAACUCGGAGUUCAGCAUCCAAUGGGAGCCGGGCCCGAGUCUGAGGAACACUCCGGAACAAUUUGAUUUUCCCGAGGAUCCGGACUGUGAAAGCAUUGAUGAGAGUGUCGACACAGAGCAAGCUAUGCGGCUCAACACAGUGCUCGGUGGACAUUAUUUCAACACGGAUGUACGGGUGGAUUUCGGUCACCAGAAUGAUUUAAAACACCGGGGCAAUUCCAUCAAGAACAACAAUUACAUAAAUGUAAAGGACAUGCAACGGUUAUUCGUUACUGCUAACAAAAUACCAAGUAAACACUGGGGAACAUCGUCAAUAGAUAAAAUAACCGAAGGAAUAACAGACUUUUCAGUCAGAGCUCAAAAUGAGACGCGAGUCCGAACGAGCUCACCAGAGCAAAUCAUAGCUCCCCCUGCGUCUUUUUCAGACAGCCUCGGUUCUUUACCCAGUACGCUUACAACGCCGUCAACAAAUCAUGUUUCGAACGUAACCUCUCUCAGCUCAACGCUUACCGGCAACACGUUUGGUUCGAAUGAUACUCAAGAACAUGACAUCGCUGUGCAUAAUAAGAACUUGUUGUUUCACGCACAUAAUGCUAAAAAUGACGUCAUACAGCGUCUUCAUAAGCCGUACGUAUUCACAGGGGACGUGUAUGUUUGUCCGAAUAGCGAUAGUAGUUUGGACAGUUCAGAAAGCGGAAGUGACGUCAGUGAAACAAGUGACGUCAGUUCAAGUACGAUAAGUCGCGGAAGCAUAGCCGAGAGUUGGGGAAGUUGGGAGCGGAAUAAAUUUCGGGUUGUACGUAGCAAAAACAUAAAGGAUAUACCAAGAGAUGUGAAUGACAUCGCAGGAUUAUCGAAGUCAGUUUCAAUAAACGGAAGAACUAAUCCUCUUCCGGAAAUCACCACCGUAAGUCAGCCGAGGAGUCGGUCGGUUUCAGACGAUAUGAUUCAUUUCGAAGAACCGUCGAAAUCGUCGUCUGCAACCAGCAUCGUCACGUGUAAAGUAGCAGACGAGAUGGUAUUCAGCUGCAAAGACCUUAGGCUCUCCUUAGAGGAGAUUACGCGAAACGCGCGCAAAAAUCACGUGGAAAACACGUGGCAGGCAUUUUGUUUGGAACGAUCAAGCUCAUUACCGGUGCGGUCAAACAGUACAAAGGUCAACCGAGAUAUUGAUGAGCAUUCUUUGAGCUGGGAACAGCUUAGUCCGAGGAAAAGUGAAAGUACAUCGAACUCCAUGCUCAGUACGCCGCGAUACUCAAGCACGUACAAAAGGACUAGCCCGAAGAACGCUGUGCUGAAAAAGAAUGCCAAAGUCGAAAAACUAAAUUUAGAUCUAGACAAUUCGUUAUGUGAUAAAACUCAACUAAUUUCUGACUCAAGUUCUGAGGACAGUUUACAGUAUUCUCACCGCAGUUUGGAUUCUACGGAAGAGUUCCAGGCGGGAGAUAACUCUUUCGCAUGUUCGGAACACUCGGACAUGUCCGUUAUAAACGCGCCGGAAGACGUUUUGGCCGCCAUUGCGGAAAUGGAAAGUGCUGUAAAUUACGCAGGCAGUUGCCCCGAUAGCGAGCCGGAAAAUGAGGACAGUGAAAAAAAUGCUGACUCACUUGAUCGAGAGCGGAUUGCGUUUGCGCAGAAAAUCAAAAUACAGCAUGAAAUCAAACGACGUUUCGGAGAUUGGAAUGACGUUGCAGUAAUUAUAUAGCCAAACAAAUAUUAACUUUUAUCUUGUGUGAUCAUGUCUGCAGGCGCAUAUAACAUUUACACGGAUUCCGACUAUGUUUAAAACGUUUCUGACUAUUACCGUUGCUUAAUGCACAGGAGUUUGAAAUUCUAUCCAUAAAGCUAAUCUAAUGGCUAAAUAAAAAAAUACCCCUAUAUAGUGUAAAGACUUAUAUAGGGCUAUUUUUUUAUUUAGCCAUUAGAAUAGCUUUAUGGAUAGAAUUAUAAACUCCUGUGCUUAAUGUUAUCCAAUGCAUGAUAUACAGUUUGUCAAAACACAUAUUGGUACACAUAAAUCUAUUUUAUUCAUGUCCAUGAUCACGACAGGUUUUACGCAAUUCUCUGUGAAAAUUUAAAUAUUGAAAUAAAUAAUUAAAAGAAGUAA